AUGGCUGCGUCCAGCAGCAGCAGCAGCCGAGAAGGAUCAGCAAAAUCAACAGUGGCGGAUCAGAUAUCUCAGUCCAUACAAUCCACCUCCAAUAUCCUUCACCUCAUGCGCCAGUCAUCCCCGUCCCACUCCCAGCUAUUGAAGCUUCCGAAAAACCUUCUAGCGAAGACCUCGACAAUAAAAAAUACGGAGAUGGUACUGGAGCAGAUGCCUCAAGUGAUUUCGGCACUAGAUGAACACGUGGAAAAUGGGUUGCGGAGCGUGCCUCAACUCAACACUGUAGUUCAACUGCUUUCAAACAUGCAAAGUUCUCAACUUAAGUCUCUCUCCUCAGCUCAGCUCAGCUCACUCAACAAGAGGCCCGGCUUUCUGAACAACAACAACCAAGUUGAACCAUUGCCCUUUCAAAGUUCCUAA